GAGAGGCAUGAAUUAGUCAGCACACUUGAUUUAUGUUAGCGUAAUCAUGAAUUGUGUCAACAACUUACCAAGAACAUGAGUGAGGAAAUCCCCAAGUACUGGGUGGCCUUGUAUAAUUUGUUUGUGUAGGCGUAGGGAAGUGAAUUUUGAGUUUCUGUAUAUAUAAAGGAAUCCCAAACACCAGUCAACAGCAAAAAGCUCUCACUGGAGGACUCAGUAUGAAGCUGUCAUCUGUUGUCAAAGCUUUGGGAUCUCUGUGUCUCCUGCUUGCAGAUGGAUUUCCAGUUUCUGUAGAAGAAGGAUCUCCAGAGAUCAUCGGGCCACGUGUUGUCCAAUUAAAAACUAAACCAGGAGAGCUGCUACGUCUUCACUGUAAGGCUUCCACAAAUUCUGAAGAUACAACACUAAUCUACUGGCUCGUCAAUGGCUCGUUCCCCGAAGACACGUGCAGUGAUGGCAGAAUAGAAGAAACAGAGGAAUCAACCCUUGAGAACGGUACAAUCCUGAAGAGAAGCUUGGUGCUGAAGAACGUUACAUCAGAAGACCUCAAAUCCACUUUCACCUGUGUGGUGAUGAAUACCAUCGGAGUGGCUAAGAAAGUUAUCACACUAGCAGCAAAGUGUCAUGAUUGUCGUGCAAGAAAAAAGAUGAAACACUGAAUAAUGUUACUGUGGUAAAAAAAAAAAGGACUCCUCUGAGCCAUGCUGUAUCUUGCAAGCUUGACAAGAGUUAUUAUCUGUGAUUUUACUAUUACAUAAUAUACCGUUGAGAGGGAAGCAACAGGAGCAAUCUAAUGUAUGAAAUGUGUGAAACUCAGGUUCCACAAUAGCACAUCAUUUUCCUUAAUAGCUUCCCUUCAGUGAGACUGGUAGUAAUAAAAUUUGAUGUAAAAAAUGAGCCCUUCUGAUCCUCUGGGAGGGAAUACAGACAAGAAAACAAGGAAAAGUUGAAAUCUAACAGCAACUGGACAAUAUUACUACCCUCCUAAUAUAAAUUUGAUGCAGCAUUUUGAGGAUCCUCCUCUAGAGUCCAAAUGCAGCAUUUUAUGUGGAACUGAAUGCUUGUUAAAACUGUACUCAACUGCCUGAAUUACUAUCAUUUAGAUGACUCUAAUGCACAAUGACAUCCAGGAUAUAUAUAUAUAUAUAUAUAUAUGUAGAAUAAGUAACAAUAAAUUGUAACAGCUACUUGCUAUGCUUGUGUAUCACUCCAGUGUGUGUGUUUAUUUGCUGGUGAUUAGCCAUCUUAA